AGACACAACAAUAGCACCAACCAGUCCAACUCAUCUUCACAACAUCUUCAACGAGGACUUGCAGCGAUGGAGGGGGCACCACUCCCUAAGGGUUGCGUUUCUAUCGCAACUGCAGUCGACACUAGGAUUGGAGAAUCCUGCGAUCUGGCGGGGGUUGCUGUCGAUUUCCGUCCUCCGGUAGCUACAAGAGGCACAGGUGUUUAUUUCCCAAAACUGAUGGUUAAGUGGCUGGACUGAUGUUUGUUUCCAGAUUGGAUGGCUACUGUCACUCUUUGCGAUAGAUCUCGUGCUCUCCCGGAAACGUCGUUGACUAUCCGCAUCUUCAGACCCAGCAUAGAACUUUUGCCACAAAUUAAAUCCGAUAGUGAUUUAAUUCUCAUCCGUAGGGUCAAGAUGAUCAAACACGAUGGCCGCUUACUCGCUAUGUCUACUUACGAUACAAGCUGGAUCAUUUCUUAUGCUCCCACCCAUCCGAAGGGUGUGCCAUCAAUAGCUUCAUACCCCGCCAGUCUCAAAGUCAAGCCGGAUGAGAUGGCCUAUUUUCAAGGAUUGCGAGUGUGGUGGAAGUCUCGACGGGACUCCUUUGUCUCGAGAGGUGCGGCUCCAGGCGUUUAUACUUCAUCUCAACUCAGCAAUAGCGGCAGCCAGAGGCGGCGAGCUGGAUUGGUUAGGGAUAUGCGGAUUGGUUCCUUUUACGAUCUUGCCGGGGUUGUUGUUAAAACAUUCCCGGGAAAUGGUAAUUACACCGUUUACCUUACGGACUACACUAAGAAUCCUAUGUUACAUUCCUACGAAUGGGGUAGGUCUCGGAGGAUCGGGGCUGGAGGCGACGAUGACGACUUUGACUAUACUGGUCGCGGAAGAGGUUUUGGGAAUCAGGAUUGGCCGGGUCCAUGGGGGCAAUAUACUCUCCAAGUAACGCUGUGGGAUAAUCAUGCCGUGGCUGCUAAUAGGUUAUUCUACGUUGGUGCCCACGUUAGUCUUCAAAAUGUGCGUGCAAAGAGGAAUGGGGACGGGAAGCUCGAGGGGACUUUGAAUGGAGAUCGGCAGUUCCCGGACAAAGUUCUAGUUAGUCUGAUAAAGAAUAUGGACGAUCCAAGAGUGAAACAGAUUGCGAUCCGCUGCAAGGAAUAUACGAGGAGGUUUGAGAGCGACAGACUGAGAUUUGAGGGGGAGAUGGCGGGGGAGAUGGAGGGGAAGCUGGAGGGGUCUGGGAAGGAGGAAAGAAAGAUGGAAGUGAAUGUAAAUAGUACGACAAAUCUUUCUUUGAACGAUUUGAUUUUCGGUCGAUGCUAAUCUAUAACCCCUAGUCCGGACCCUCAAAGCCGCCCAGCCCAUUACACCCAUGUCCGAGAUCGCCGAACCCCAGGAUUUAGAUGGCCCAUUCGCGAAUAGGAUCUACAAGAUCUGUUGUAGAGUUAUUGAUUACCUACCACAGCAACUGGAAGACUUUGCCGUUCCCCAGACGGAGCACGGCGGGUGGACAUGGAGGUUUGCUUUGUUAGUUGAGGGCGAAGAUGGUGCAACUCUUCGAGUUAUUGUCGAAGGGCACGACGCAGAAUACUUGCUGGGAGGGCAAGCUACAAAGUAAGAUCUUGACAUCGCAAGCGGACUCAUACCGACUCAGUAUGCUAACAAGAACGGCCAGUCUCCGUACGGACCGACAGCAAUUGAGUGCACUGCGGGAAAAGUUGUUCAUCCUUUGGGGAAAUCUCGAGGAGAUGAAGGGCCAACAGCUGGGGUCUAAAACAUCUGGGAAAAAAGCAAUUUCUCGGUCCGACACCCCGCCUGAACCUCCCCGCGGAAAAAAGCGGCGUAAACGCCCCACCCCAAAACAAAAGCGAGUUGAAUGUAAGCAGUUCAAGUACGACGAACUUGGAAGACGCUCAAAUACCGAACGUGGUGCAGAAGGUGAGGAGAGCCAAGACGAGAAUGAGGAGAACGUGAUGCAACAGCUGUCUGGGAAGAUGUUCGAAGCUUGUCUCAAGGAGUAUGGCGUUCUGAGCGAGGAUGGUCAGUGGAAACGACUUCACAAGCUAUUCGGGACUCUUAUUCUGUGA